AUGCCGUCCGUGGCUCUUCUGCGCCACCUCUUCUUCCUUCGCGUCAGUGAUGGACACGUCCGCGGGUGCGCCAAUUUCGUCGCAUCCGGCAAGGCCAACUUGAUCUCGAACACCGGGAAGAGAGCCGACAACAUCCGGGCCAAAUGGGUCAUGAUGGACGCCAAGUGCAUCCACCCGCGCUUGGAGUACCCGCCGUGUGCCUUCACUCCUUUGUUCCUCCGCAAGGACUGGGAGCCACUCGUGGCUUCUAAGCCGACCUUUGACGCGCGCGGGCUGUUGCCGCCUGUGCUCUCCGGAGCCCCCGCGGCACCGAAGCCGCUGGAGCUAUCUUCCAACGAGUAUCGCGAGAGGGAGGAAGAGGAGGUGGACUCGGAGGCGACUCCCGAGGAGAUGGGAGAAACCUCCCCCUUGAGCAAAGCUGAAAUCCUUCGCGCCCUUUCUGAUGAUGCUGAGGUCGAUGCCUGCCAGGAGGGGGGAGAACUGCCCGUCAUCCCGAGAAGGAGCAGGUCGUCCCUGAUUCCUCGGGAUGCUGCCUCCGCCUUGACGCCGCCUGGAGCUGCUUCCGGCCCUUCUGCUGCGCCGUCUUCCACUCCCGGAGUCCGCGCGCCCAUGCCUCAGGCUUCGAGGCUUUCAGGCUUCAAGCUUCCCAACCGAAGUGUGGAGUACGCCGUGGUGGAUCAGCCGAUGCCUUCGGCGAAUAAAAGGAAGGGGGAUACAACGGCCGUGCCCCCCUCUGCGGUGAAAGGGGGCGGCAGCACUCGCCCCAGCCCGGUCGCCCUCGCGAGGCCAAGGGGAGCAUCGUCGGGAGGACUGCGGGAAGAUCUUCUGGGCGCGGACCCGCGCCUGGUAGCCGGGCACCUGGAAUUGGCCUCCGGGUGGCUUCACUCUGACUCGGUGGUCCGAGCGACGCUGAACCAGGCCACGGCGUCCUCCAAGAAGGAGAAGCAGAGCACCGUCAAAGCCGCGGCUGAUCGCGACGCAGCACUGAAGGACGCUGAGGCCGCCCGCGGCCGCUGCCAAGAGCUGGAGGACGAGCUGAAACGUCUGCGCGACCAACUCGCGGAAGAAACGCGCGGCCGCCAGGUGAAGGAGGAGGAGAUGAGGGCCCGGGAGGACGCCAUCAAGAACCGUGACGCCGAUUUGGAGGAGCUGGAGAAGACGCAGGCUGUUGAGCGCAGCCGGCUGGAGGAGCUGGAGCGGGAGGUGAAGGCGAAGGAGGCCGAUCUUGACAUCAAGGCAAAGGUCCUGGUUGAGGACCGCGCGGCCUUCGCUGAUCUCGAGGAGAGCCACCUGCACCUUCACGACCCCAGCGCUCGUCUUGACGAGCUGUUGGAGCCUGUGGUAGAUGAACACUACACAGCUGCCGCCGCAGCCGUGCAAGGUCAAGUGGAGGCCCUGCUGAAGAAGUUCCGCGGCUUUGCUUCCGCGCCCGUGACUAGGGGCGACACCACCAAGGGGGGAGUGCCGUCCUCGGGCAUCGAUGGUGUUCAGGGGUGA